AUGUCUGGUCCUGAGUCCAAGCUCCCUAAAAGGAUGAUCGAUGGAUAUUUGGACAUAAUCGACAGCCGCACAGGAAAGAAAUACACAGUUCCAAUCAACAACAACUCUGUUGCGGCGACCGACUUCUCCGGCAUCAUCGCCUCCAAUGAUCCCGGCCCCACGCCUUCUGGGGACACAGGACUAAAAAUAUUCGACCAGGGCUUCAAGAACACCGCUUGUGUGAAAUCUUCUAUUACAUAUAUUGACGGAAUUCGUGGACGGAUUUACUACCGCGGGAACUCCAUCCUCGAACUUUUUGACAACAAUGAUUACGAAGAAGUCCUGCACUUACUGUUAUGGGGACACUUGCCUUCGCCGGAUGAGAAAGCAAGCCUUCGCAAAGCCUUGUCCGCGGCCAUGGGUGCCCCAAAAAGCGUCGUAGAUGCCAUUCAAGCUUUUCCGCGCGAUUCCAUGACUUCCCCGAUGAUCAUCGCCGGAUUAGCAGCAUACGCAGCGCUCGAUGAGGGAUCCUUUAAGACACAUAAUUCGAGUGCAGCCUACUACCUCGGAAAUCUCAAGGCUGUAGACGCAGCCAUCAUACGGAGUCUUUCAGCUCUCGCCACCACAGUGGCACUUGUCUACUGUCACAAACGCAACCGUCACUUCACGAAACCGCAGGAGGAUGGUUCGUUUAUUGGGAAUCUUCUUCUCAUGAUGGGAAUUUCUGAUGAGCAUACCGAGAGGUGUCUUCAAAGUUUAUGGGUUCUCUAUGCCGACCAUGAGAUGACGAAUUCGACAUCUGCUUUCCUACACUCCGCCUCGAACCUGACAGACCCUGUGUCGUGCAUGAUAGCCGGAGUUGUCUCAGCCUACGGUCCGCUUCACGGAGGUGCUAUAGAUCUGGCCUAUCAGGAUUAUCGACGCAUCGGCUCGACGGAAAAUGUGCCAGCAUUCAUCGCCUCCGUCAAAGACCACAAACAACGCCUUUUCGGCUACGGUCAUCGCGUGUACAAAACGGUGGAUCCUCGGAGCAGUGCCAUCCUCGGAAUGCUACACAAAACCAUCGAGGAGACUCAUCAACAGGAGAGCCCCUUUCUCCAAAUCGCCCUGGAGAUCGACCGCGUCGCGAACUCGGACAGCUACUUCGUCUCGCGAAAAAUCAAGGCAAACGCUGACUUGUUUGGAUCUUUACUCUAUACGGCUCUCGGCUUUGAGACUGAUAUCAUCAUCGCUCUAGCCUGCGUCUCGAGGAUAGGUGGUGCCAUGGCGCAUUGGAGGGAAGCGAUGCAGCAAACACCGGUCUUGUGGCGUCCGCAGCAGCUAUAUGUGGGACCUCUGCCUGACGUACGUGACUAG